AUGUCUGAGGAGAUAUUUACUGGUACUCAAGGCACUCUUUCUGUUUAUGUCAGUAAAGCGAGAGAUCUACCAAAUUUGACCAAGAUCGAUAAACAAAAUGUGCUGCUUAGGUUGAGAGUAUCUCAUAUGAGUAGGGAGAGUGAGACUUUAUUUCGAGCUGGUCAGAAUCCGGUGUUUAAUUACUUAGAGAAGUUUGAAAUGACCCCAGAUGUACGACCACUCAUGCAAGUGGAAGCCUAUUGUGAUAGGAAAAAGAAAACACCAUUAUUUAUAGGACGCUGUGAAGUGGACCUUGUAAAUGGCAUCAGGGCUGAUCCUAAAGAAGGGUACUGUAAAUGGUACGAAAUGAAGAGGAACCACAACGAAUUUGCAGGAACAAUUUUCAUCGAGUUGACCUUCCAACCGGCAGCACCAAAAAUGUACAAAGACAAAAGAAACAGAGAUUUCGAAAGGUUAGAUGCGUCUAUGGCCAGAAGACUCAUUCCUCCCUUGCCUAGUGACAAUAUUACUAUCGCCUCAGGAGCUUCUCCUAAGGUUGAUACUGGUAAUGAAUAUACACAUGCUAGUGAAAUGAGACAAGUAACCCCCACGUUUGGGAAUAAUAUUUCUGAUCACAGGCAGGGAGCUUAUUCUAACAAUGUCAGUGUGUUAAGUAGCUCUAUUAUAUCAUCCUCUUCGAGGUUGUCUGAUAGGUCUUCAGGUCUAUCGCCAGCCUUAAUGUCAUCUGUGGGUACAAACAACACGUCACUGUCACAGGAGACUAACAUCACCACCACAUCUGAUACGAAAUUCCAUUUUGCCAAUUUGAAGAAACUUAAGGAACGUAUCAACAUCUUCAAGAAUCCCAAUGCAUCAAACGAAAACACCGCCGAGGAAAAUACAGUUGACAUCAAGGCAUUACAAAAGGCAAUAGGUGUUACGUCGUUAAGCGAUGAGGAAGAAGAAGAGGAAGAAAGACAUAGUAGAAGAGAUAUAUCAUCCUCAAGGCCGCGAUCUCCGGCUAGAUACGCAAAGAUGCAGCCGGAGUUACCACCUCUACCGAGACAGAGUUCCAAUAGACAUUCAAAAUCACCAAAAUUACCUCCAAUGCCCACAACGUACCAUUCAAGACAGAAUUCCAUAUCUCCCACUCGUAGACCACCUCCACUACAAUUCUGA